AUGGAUGCGCUCAUGAGCACCGACCCCGGAGGCCCGGACUACGCUCUCCUCCUCCGAGAGACGCAGGAGGACAACAGGGUCCUCUUCCUCGCAGUCGCGGCCUAUCUCGUGUCAGUAGACGUCACUAGCUCUGUCAUCCAGCUCGUCUCCCUCUUCGCCACCGUCACGACAUACUCCGGUGACGGUGAGGUGCACACCUUUGGCGCGCUCCUCGGCAGAGCCAAGCAGCAGCUGAAGGGGGCCGUGCUGACGGUCGCCUUCGUCUGCAUGCUCAAGACCGCCGCCGUCGCGCUGCUGUUUGCCUCGUCCGCCCUCGUGGCCUUCCUCGCGUUCAGGCGGUACCGCGGGCUGUUUCUCGCCGGGUGCCUGGUCCUCCUCGCCGCCUUCGUCUUCUACAUCUUCCUGUCCUUCUUCUGCUCGCUCGCCGUCGUCGUGGCCGUGGAUGAAUCUGCAGCUAGGCGCUGCCAUGGCUCCGGCGCGGUCGUGCGGGCGUGGCAGCUGGUGAAGGGCAGGCGGAGGCGUGCCAUGCUCUUUGUUUCCGUGAUGAGUGGGCUCGCCGCUGUGUUCAGGCCGAUUUACUGGCAGGCCAAGAUAUGCGCCCAUAGCAACAUGGCGUCGGGGGCUCUGCUCCUGGGAGUCUUGUACACCGUCCUGAUGGCCGCCGUUGAGUUGUUCCAAAACUGCGCGUUGACCGCGUUCUACUACGAGUGCAAGGGUAGAUCAGCUCAGGAAUCAGAGACGGAGUAUGUCAAGGGUGCGUGA